CCCACUGCAGAAGAGCGGUUGACCCGCUCCAUGGGAGACUUCCUUGGGGUGCGUCAUGAAGAGGUCAGCUCGUUGAGCGCCCACGGGCCACCGGAACAUGUGCAGGAUUUUUCAAACCUCGACCUCAAAGGCGACCAUUCAAACAGGCCGCUGUGGGUUUGCCCCGAUGGCCGCAUCUUCCUGGAGACGUUCUCGCCCGUGUACAAGCAGGCCUACGACUUCCUGAUUGCGAUCGCAGAGCCGCAGUCUCGCCCUGAGAUCAUCCAUGAGUACCUCUUGACGCCCCACUCCCUCUAUGCUGCUGUCUCCGUCGGCCUCGAGACUGAGACAGUCAUCACUGUGCUGGGAAGGCUGUCCAAAGUGCAGCUGUCGAACGAAAUAAAGCAGUUCAUCAGGGCAUCCACUGAGAACUAUGGCAAGGUGAAACUCGUCUUGCAGCACAAUAGGUUUUAUGUGGAGAGCUCCAACCCUGACAUACUGGAGCGACUGCUAAAGGAUGGCGUCAUCAGAAAAUCAUAUGUCACGCCAACUGCGGCAGACCCUUCCCGGCCAAAACUGCUGAAAGGCAAAGCUUACCGGGACAAGGCCGGUGCUGAAUUGGCAAAGGUGGACGCGAUGGAGGUGGACGAAGGUGAUGAAGCCGGGGACCAGGGUGGGGACACUGGCAGCCCAGAAGAACAGCAAUCUGAUGUCUAUUCUUUCGAGAUCGAAGCAUCUCAGGUGGAACAUGUGAAGCGCAGGUGCCUACCUGACGGCCUCAACUACCCCAUGUUGGAGGAGUACGACUUUCGAAACGACAAGAAGAAUCCUGAGAUGUGUGUUGAGCUCAAACCCCAUGUGAUGCACAGGCCCUACCAGGAAAAGAGUCUGAACAAGAUGUUUGGCAAUGGGCGAGCGAGGUCGGGCAUCAUCGUCUUGCCAUGUGGGGCAGGCAAGAGCUUGACUGGCAUAUCGGCGGCUGUUCGAAUCCGCAAGAGCUGCCUGGUGCUGUGCACCUCGGCAGUGUCCGUUGACCAGUGGAAGGGCCAAUUCAAGCUGUGGACCUCUUUGCAGGACGAUCAAAUAUCUCGGUUCACAAACGACCAGAAGGAGAUGUUCACAAGUGCAGCCGGGGUAGCGAUAACAACGUACACGAUGGUUGCAUUCAGUGGACGCCGAAACGAGGAAUCAGCCAAAGUCAUGGACGACAUCAGGAACAGGGAGUGGGGUCUCUUGCUGCUGGACGAGGUGCACGUUGUUCCGGCUGAGAUGUUCCGAAAGGUCAUUGGGAUAAUCAAGGCGCACUGCAAGCUGGGUCUCACGGCCACACUCGUCCGUGAGGAUGACCGCAUCAGGGACCUCAAUUUCCUCAUCGGCCCAAAACUGUACGAGGCCAAUUGGCUGGAUCUCACAAAGGAGGGGCACAUUGCGAAUGUGCAGUGUGCAGAAGUCUGGUGCCCGAUGACCAAGGAAUUCUUCAGGGAAUACUUGAGGAAGGAAAAUUCGCCUCGUCGGCAGCUCUUGUACGUGAUGAACCCCACCAAGUUUCGAAUGUGCCAGUUCCUGAUCGACUACCACGAGCGAGUGAGGGGUGACAAGGUGAUCGUGUUCUCGGACAACAUCUUCGCGCUGAAGAGCUAUGCCAUAAAGCUCGGGAAGUUCUACAUCUACGGCGCGACGUCGCACAGCGAGCGGACAAAGAUCCUGCAGGCCUUCAAGAACAGCCCGAACGUCAACACGGUGUUCUUGUCAAAGGUGGGCGACAACUCGCUGGACAUUCCCGAGGCCAACGUCCUCAUCCAGAUCUCCUCCCAUGCGGGCUCCCGGAGGCAGGAGGCCCAGAGGCUGGGCCGGAUCCUGCGCCCCAAGAGGGCUAAGCCGGGCUCUGUGGCCCAGGACGAGUACAACGCCUUCUUCUACACCCUGGUGUCCAAGGACACGGAGGAGGUGUACUUUUCCACCAAGCGGCAGCAGUUCCUGAUCGACCAGGGGUACAGCUUUAAGGUGAUCACCAACCUCCUGGACGCCCAGGGCCCUGACGACACAUCCCUUCACUUCGGCACCAAGGAGGAGCAGCUGGACCUUCUGGCCAGUGUCUUGUCCGCGGGCCAGGAGGAAGCUGCCGUGGAGCGGAUCCAUGACUCAGAUGAGUUGGCCCAAUCCAACGGCUUCACCCCCGUGGCCAGGAGGGCGGUGGGGGACAUGUCAGCGCUGACGGGCGCCCAGGGCCGCGUGUACAUGGAGUACAGCACGGCGGGCAAGAGGCGGGCUGGGGCGCACAAGAAGAGCGACAGGGUGAAGAAGGUGCAGAGGAUGAUAGGGAUAUGA